AGACUUUUCCGAUUUCCAUUUUAAAAAAUAUAAGUUAAUUAUUUUUUAUUCCUGUUUGUUUCAUAUUUUCCAUUAAUGACGGAGGAGUGUGUUUCGAAGCUUUCAUCACAGAGCCAUGGAGACCGAACACUCACCGGGUUGUUGAAGAAAUCUGCCGUUGAGAAUCAUGAUCGGACAGCUCUGAUAGUUUCAGGGAAGUUUGAGAUCAGUCAUGGAAGGUUACAGGAGCUCGUUAAUGAAGUAGCCGUAAUUUUGGAGGAUUCCGGUGUAAAACAUGGCGACGUUGUUGCCCUUACUUUUCCUAACACAGUCGAGUUUGUCAUAUGCUUCUUGGCUGCGAUACAAGCUGGCACUGUAGCUGCACCACUAAACUCGGCCUACACGAGCGAGGAAUUUGAGUUCUAUCUCUCUGAUUCCAAAGCCAAACUCCUCCUCCUCCCCUUUGAUGGAAACAAAUCUGCUGAAGCCGCUGCCUCAAAACUCAACUUACCAUUCGCCAACACUGAGUCUCUCACUGACUCUUCAAAUGGACUUGCUUUCUCAGGACUCAACUCCAACCCGAACCCAGCCCCUUCGGUUCAAAACAAAGGUGAUGACGUGGCGCUCUUUCUCCACACCUCUGGAACAACGAGCCGACCUAAAGGUGUUCCUCUCACUCAAAGGAAUUUGGCAGCUUCGGUGGAGAACAUCCGAGGUGUCUAUGAUCUGAGCCGAGAUGAUCGGACGGUGGUGGUCCUCCCUUUGUUCCAUGUACAUGGCUUGAUGUGCUCGCUCUUGGGCUCGCUUAUAGCUGGGGGAUCAGUGAUCUUGCCGGCUUUGGGUCGGUUCUCUGCUUCAACAUUUUGGGUCGACAUGAAAUCAUAUGGUGGCACAUGGUACACUGCAGUGCCUACAAUUCAUCAGAUCCUCCUGGACCGACACCUUGCGGCACCAGAGCCUGUUUAUCCGAAACUCAGGUUUAUGAGGAGUUGCAGUGCGGCUUUGGCGCCGAUUGUUUUUGCACGACUCGAAGAGGCUUUUGGCGCACCAGUUUUAGAAGCCUACGCUAUGACUGAAGCAGCUCACUUGAUGGCUUCAAACCUUUUACCGUGUCGAGGAGAGAGAAAACCGGGUUCAGUUGGAAAACCGGUUGGUUUGGAGAUGGCAGUUUUGAGCGAGGAUGGAGUGGUGUUAGGGGUGGGCUUGAAAGGGGAAGUUUGUAUAAGGGGAGAGAAUGUGACCAAAGGGUACAAGGAUAAUGAGGAGGCCAACAGAGAAGCUUUUAAGUUUGGGUGGUUUCAUACAGGGGAUGUGGGAUAUUUUGAUGCAGACGGGUAUUUGCAUUUGGUGGGGAGGAUCAAGGAGCUUAUUAACAGGGGAGGUGAGAAGAUUUCUCCAAUUGAGGUGGAUGCAGUUCUGCUGUCGCACCCUGAUGUAGCACAGGCUGUGGCUUUUGGAGUUCCUGAUGAUAAAUAUGGCGAAGAGAUUAACGCAGCUGUGAUUCCAAGAGAGGAGUCUUCAAUCGAUGAGGCCGAGGUGCUGAGGUUUUGCAAAAAGAACCUUGCCUCUUUCAAGAUCCCAAAGAGGGUCUUCAUCACUGAUCCUGAUUCUCUCCCGAAGACUGCAACCGGCAAGAUCCAACGGCGGAUAGUUGCCCAGCAUUUCCUAGCCAAAAUCCCAGCCGUCAAUGCCCCUAAAGUUGGAGCUUCAUAGAGUAAAAAAGGGUAAAAAUAAAGAGAUGUCUACGAUACCCAUUUUUGCUUCUCCAUCUUUCUCCAUUUUCUAGUCAGCAUUGGAUUAUGAGAAGCUUUAUCAGCGAGAAUAAUGUGCACGUUCUUGUUCUUGUUUUUCCUACGUGUUUGCAAUCAAGAUGUUUACUGCUUUAAAGACA